GACUUCUCCCACUGGCCGAAGCAGCCUCCCCAUACCCUCUGACCUCAAGGGAAGCUGGUCUACUUCCUCCCAUUUUUUUUAUCAAAGAAAGUGCCAAUAAGCAGCAAUCGGCUUGAAUGUGAACAACUAUUCCAGUGGUUGAUAGCAGUGGCUCACACAGCUCUGCAGAUCCCUAAAAAGGACCCAGGACGGGAGCGCUCAGUAGAACCACCAUGAAGACCUUUAGGAUUGCUCUUCUUAUCCUCCUCCUAACCCCGCUCAAGCUCCUCACUACAGCAACUGAGACACCCAAUACGAGUGUUCCUCCUCCCAAUACAUCUGUCCUUAUAACCGAUGCUUCUGCCACCGCUGCUGAGACCACACGCAAAACAGUAAAUGCCACGGACAAACCAACAGCAACACCACCCCAUCUCUCAGUGCAGUCCACAUCUCCACAUGCUAAGGAUGAUGACAGAGGGGCAACGACCCAGGCCACAACAACUGUUCCCACGAGUGACCCGCUCCAAAAUGUGGCCACAGUUCAGGCUACAUCAAAGACCCACCCACAAGUUAUUCAGACAACCACAGAGAGACAUGGUUUUCCUUCACCGGGAUCCUUGACCACCUCCAGACCAGAAGAGAAAGUUUCAGGUGGUGGAAUUACAGGUCAGGAAGGAGACAAGAACGAUAGGAAUGCGGGUCAAGAUGCCAGUCACCGGGCUGGAGAUGAAGAACCAGAAACUCCUAAAUCAAAUAAGAAUAUGCUGUGGAUUCUUUUGCCAGUCCUGGGAGUUGUGGUGGCUGCUGUCAUCGUCUUUUUCAAAUUUAAAAGCAUGAAGGUCCACGAUCACACAGAGGCAAUUGAUAAUGGAACAGAAAAUGCUUCUUUCCAGAGCAGGUCGGACAGCACCAAAGAUGGUGUCAUGCUUCUCGGGGUGAAGUCCUCAGCCGCUGCAAGAUAAAAGGGAGGGCGUCCCAUUCGACAGUAUAUGACCAAUAGCUCUCACAACCCGAAAAAUGAUCAAGACCGUCAACUAUCUAAAAAUGCUGGACAAUCAUAUAAGAAUCCCGAAAGCUAAGUGGGCACAUUCUUAUACUGUAUAGUGUGGAAGGAAGUUUGGUGUGGAGUAUUGCGGGAUAUGGGACUCUUAACUGAACAUGUGUCUGUUCAAAAAUAUUCACUAGGAUACUGUAUAUCAUUUUUUAAAAAUAUGUACUUCACUGUUUUUUGUAUUCUUAAUUUGAUGGUAAUUUAGCCAAGGAGGAACUGUGAUCUCAAUUUAAUCAAGAUCCAGACAUUUCAUUCAGGAAAACAAUGCUAGAUUUGGAAAUAAUGUGAAUAAAUUAACCCAAAAUCUCAUUGUCUGGGUGCAAGAGGAUUGUUUGUCUCAUCCCUGUAUUUAAGAUACUGGUUUUGAUUUUAUAUCACACAAAAACAUGUAUGAAAUCCAAAUGCACUGAACCUGAAUUCAGCACACAAUUCCUUGAUUCAAACCAGUUAGUGACCAGUACACAUUAUUAAGUGUUUGUAUGCUUCAAAUCUGUUGUAAUAAAUAAUUUAGCAUUCAGUGUAAAUGCCAGGAUUGCAAAGAUUAGCUAUUUUGCCGGUAUGUUUCCUGCUUUUCAACCAGUUAUUGUGUAUAUUAGAGCAAACAAUAAGACUUCCCACUGGUCAAAUAACAUUUGAAUUUCUCAAAUAAAGAAGAACGUUAUUUGACUGAUCGGCAUUGGUUGAAUAUUUGUUGUUUUGCACCUGUACAUGCUCAUGACAGUUUAUGUUGAUUUUGGUUGUUGAUUUUACCUGGCUACACACCGUAUCUUUAAUGUGCUGAAUUAUAUAACACAACCAUAGGAAAGGCUAUCGAGAAUCAACUAUUCAGUCUUGGAGAGCUGUAGCUCCGCCCACCGGUUAUGUGGAGCAGAGCAUGCUGGGCGAUCUCCAGCUCUGAGGAUAAGGACGUAACUAGAGAAAAGUCAAGUCAAUUAGUUCAAGCCAUCUAUUGUUUUUUCCUUUAGUUAACAUUAUUUGUUUUACCAAGGCCAGCGUGUGUCCUUCAGAAAUAUGAGUACAUAUGUCUUACUCUUCAUGUGUUAAUGUUUUGGACGCACUCGCUGACAAUUAUGUAGUUUAAUCUUUGUUAUGCUAAUUUGCGUUUUUUGCCACAAACUUGCAAAUGCAAGCUUGCUAGCUCGGUCGUUUUUGUCAUCUAAUUUCGAACAUUUGUGAUUUGUAUAGUAUAAUGUUCCCCAGUGCCGUGUUUAUAUGCCCUGAAACUAUAAAUACUGUAUGUGUGAAGUGUAGUUUAUUUGUUUUUAUUGUGGAUUGUGUAGACAUGCAUUCAAGUUCAUGCAGUUGUGUGAGGAUGAAGGUGCUGCUUUGUAGUGCUGGGUGGCUACACCCUUCUGAUCGUUUAUUAGUGAAGUCACAGCCUGUUUCGUCCUGUGCAGCACAUAACCUAUUGAAGCAAUAUUAUUGUUUAUAGCCAAUGUAAUUGGAGGAUGUAUUAAGCUUAUACCUGCCAUUUACUAUUGUAUUUACAUUCCACUUUUACUUUCACAACCACUCUUGGUUAAAACAAUUGUCAAGUCAUACCUUAGCCCAUACACUGUGCCAUGCCUGCUCUAUGUGAAUCAGCAUUAUUAAACCACCUCAACUGGAA